CGAUGCUGUUUCAUCCAGUGGUGGUGCAGGUCGUGUCCAUUUCAGGUUCUUGGAGUCCGUAGAAAUAUAAAUGCAGGGUCUCUGUGCGAGAAGAGAGCCAUUGCCCUCCUCUGCUGUCUCUAUUUUCGUACACACGCAGCAUGGAGGGCCUGAAAGGUCAUAGGGGCAAAGGUCCAUCAGUGAGUUCCUGCUCGCCUUCGUGCCAAAGAUUGGCCGUGCAUGGAGGUGUUUCGCAAAAACAAACUUCCCUCAAAGAUCUGCUUCAGAAAUGUCCUGCUCAGCCGGUAUGUUCCUCACUUUCACAGAUAGCCAACCGACCUGUCUUUCCUGGUGGCCCUCUAAUUUCAAAUGAGUGCAAAUCUCCAGGACAGUUUGAUAAGUUUGCUUGUCAAACUGCGGUGCGCUCGCAGGAAAAGCCCUCUCCGCGGGUAAUGAUAACGAAAUUGUCGCAUCCUACAGUAGGCAAGAGAACCGACUCGGCCUCCCAAAGGCAAGAGGAAGGGACCGUCGGAGAAGAUCAUACCAUCCUUGCGCCAGAAAGUUCAGGCUCUGCGGAGAAGCUAGGAAACCCGGUGCGGAAGUUCAGAAGUCGGUCGGACAUUUCUCUCCGCUCCUCCGGUUGUCGUCUUCUGAUGCCUCGCGAGAGGACAUGUUCACAGGCCGCGCCAACAAUGUCAAAACCGGAUGAGGCGUCGACAUCGAGCUGCACUGACUCGGCCUCAGAUGUCGCGCCUCCUCUCACUGGGAUCACCAAGCUUGCUGCUGGUGGAGCGGGGAAUUCCUCGGGCGAUGGUUGCAAUGAAGUGAGUUCGAGUGACGGAGAAACUCACGGGAAUAGCAAACGGUUGUGUCGCGGUGACAAGCAGCACGCGGCACAAUCACUUAACGACCUGUAUGCCGAACUAACAGACCUUGUGCCCGCGUGUAGACUGUUGAAGAGAAGCAAUGCGAGCACCAAGGUGAAGCAGAAGACGUUGUCAAGAAGCAAUAUUCUUCAGCACACGUGCAACUAUCUAAAUAGCUUGCAGCAGCUCACGCCACCCGACAUGACAUUGCAGGAUGCAUUGGAACACUAUCGUGGAAGGCCCACUGAUGAACCAGCAGCAUCACCCAUUCACCAGGAAGAAACGCCUAUAAACAAUGUCAUCAACAAUGCGGCUGUUCCGGAGUCGUCAAUGGCGGAGUCCGGAACAAACAUAGCUGCGCCAAGCACAAUGCUGUCUAGAAUUGGGACAGAGUGUGCCAAGCAACAGGCGGGUGUUCAAAAGGCGGAAUUUCAAGCAUCUGGACCGUCAUCUCAGCUAGUGGUGAAUGAAACCCUUGUGAAUCAUACAGCAAUGGAGGAAGAACUGGCGGUGGCAUUGAGCCAAGACCAGGCGGAGAGCCUAUUCAACAAUUCAGUUGCAUUCAAUGAUAGUGCUGUUCACAUGUCAUUUGAUGAGGCCAUGGCGGUGUGGAAUUACAGCAGCGAAACAGACAAUCAGUUCAGCCAGCAGAAUGAGUUGGGAGCCAGUGAGGACAAUGGCAACUCUACCAGCACACCACACUCACAACCUACACAGGAUCAGCAGUGUGUAGUCUCAGACCUCGGGGAUAGCAAGCUACUACUUGAUUCCUCGUUCAUUAGUACAGAGCUGAUGAGUUCUGGCAAUGAUCUCCAGCUGUACGAUUUCUCCGAGCUUGGUCAACCCUUCUACACCGCUGCAUUCGAUCAGGACAAUUCUCCAAGGCUACAGGACGUCAGUGGUACUGAGCAAACAUCUCUCCUAGCCAUUAUGAAGUCCGUGCCAUGUCCUUCCUUUGUUGUUCCGUAUCAUGGUGGUGCGCGGGUUACAUCACCACAGGACGUCAUUGGCUCCAAGAAUGAGUCUAGCGUCACCGAGGAAGUUCUGUGGGACGACUGGAUGCUGUAAGUAGCACUGGGCAAGUUUUGCAACAAUCACAGACUUUCCCAUCCCCUGCACAUAUGCAAAUAACUGCUACUAUCCAAAGCCUGUACAAGCAGCCCAAUCUGCAAGCUCAAUAUUUCCUAUAACGAAACAUCCAUCUGGAGACUUUGGCAUCUCUACCGUUCCACCACAAUACCAGUAUACAGUCUGAUCAUAUAUCAUACUUAUUAGAGAGAGAAACACAGAUAACUCUAUCCAUAACUGCCUGCCGUCAGGUGAAGGUCAUGCUAUUCAAAUAUCAACGCUGAUUUAUAUUUGCUUUCCACACAUAGUUAUCCACUAGUCAGUCACUGAGUUCCACCGCUAUUUCCGGGCUUAGAAAAGAUUCUAAAAGUAAUCUAUUUAUUUCGGUGUUCAGAUCCUGCAAGCAAGCCUAAAGUACUCUUUCAACUUUAUUCCCCCGUUAGAGUAUAUUGUGCAGAUUCUAAAGUAAAGUAUAUAGUACAGAUAGGACUCUAAGAGGAUACUCUUCAUAGAACUCAGAAGACGUGCUCUCUGCCAGGCGUAUUCUUCUCGUCACUGGCUGUUCUGGCGCAUGUAGAAUACUAAACUUCUGCAUAGCAGAGAGAUAGAUCAGCUAUUCCAUAUCAGCUCUGCUAGUGCGCGCUGUACAUACUCAAUCGGAUUGCACGAUUGUGCACGUUUCCAACUGCCCAGCUUUCACGCUGGCGCAUUCGGAACGGUGUUAUUGUUCUCUUUGCUCCUCUCCCCACUCUCUGCCAGGGGGAUCUGUACACUUGCGCUGGUCCUGGUAUCCUUUGCAGAAUUUUGCAUAGUCAUUUCCCCCAAUUGUCACGCUUCAAUAUGAAAAACCCAGUUGUUAAACUUCGCCGGUAAUACGCUUGUUGUACUUCAAAAAUCAUUCUUUUUAGCUCAUGUAUUCAAGGUCGCAUGCCUGUCCCGACAAACCUCCUUUUACACCAUGGAGUAGUUAUUUUACUACACUCUGGUUUUCAUCUAUUCAUUUCCCAAGCUGUAGCACAUAUAUUAGUAGCUUAGACUUGCGCUGGCAGCUAUUCCAGAAAAUCAAUUUUUGCGCAAUAUUUGUGAUCUUAAAAACUUCCCGUAACAAUUCCAAUAAACUCCAAGUAUCCA